CAGACCAUCGCGUAGUACGACAACAGCAAGAGCUCCGUCGACUACAAUCACGUCAAUUUCAGAUUAACAAAUAACCAUCUUCCUCUUUCUAAAUAAAAAGUUUCGUCAACGUAAUUGGCAAUAUUCUUCUCAUUCUCCGUUUGUGUAGUCCCCUGUGAUUCGACAUUUCUGUCACGCUCGCCGGCUAUUGUGAUUAGAGUAACUGUAAUCAGGAGUGAUAAUGAAGAUGGCAGUUCUCAGAACUUUGAUGAUCAUGUCUUUAAUUGGAACAGAGGUGUUGGGAUACCCGCCGCAAGAAAGACUCAUGCCUGGUGGAGCCAGGGGAACGCCCGUACGAACGCUUUAACUUUGGACACGUCCCGCAAAGAUCUCCGGAGAUGUCGCCGUUAAACGUUUGUGGGCUGUCAUCGCGAUGGUGCACCGGUACCUGUAGACGCUGUCGAACAUGAGGACUCAGUGGCGUCUGCAUCUAACGUAGAUGAAGAAUACGAUGACGGUGACGAUUCGGACAUAUAUAUGGAGCCGGAUGCUACAGGCACUGACCCCGAAAGUAAAGAAGAAGAAAAGGAAGAAAAAGAUGAAAAAGAAGAGAAAGAAGUAGAAAGUCUGGAGAAAGCAACGAGCGAAACACCUGCAGACAUGACAGAAGAUAAAGACGAAACGGCAGGUCCUACUACCGUGAAAACCACUUCCAGUGACCAGAAAGCAGAAAAUACCGACGAGACGACUCAAACUGAAGCAUCAGAUUUUGAGAACAAAAGUCUGGAAACAGAUAGUCAAAAUUUCUUCCCCUCGUUUGCUGAACUCUUCGCAAAUCACAGACUUUCUUUCACAGAUCAACGAUACAGACCUAAUAGGUUCCUAGGAUACUUCCAACGCGACCGUAGUGGUUACCAAGCCACUGCAACAACAGCAAAAGACGUCGGCCACCCUCUCUUAGGCUCUGGCAACUUCGGAGUCAUCCGAGGUGGCACUUACUACCCGGAAGAGAAAGAAAACGACGAGUAUUCAGCGGACGAUGCUUCCUACAAUCCUUAUUACCGUGGCCGUGCAAACUACUACAGAAAUCCAAAACCUCAACCAAUUCGUGGCGGUGACUUUUUCGCGAACUUCAGAGAUUUCGCUGACAUUACCGCGCCACCCAAGUCCAGUUUCUCUCAUCUGUCGGUUGUGUACGCCAAUCACAAUGGCAGCGCGACCGGUCGCAUAACAGAGCCGAGGAACAUCAUCGAAACGCUGAAGAUGCUAGAAGAGGAGGGACAAACGAACUCAGAGGCCAUCACCACGACAGAAGUACCGAGGAAAAAGGAGAGCAAAGGCAAGAGGAAACUGAUAAAGAUGAGGCAAUACGAAGAGGACAAAGCCAGGAGAUCUCGCAUGAGCAUGGAACCCUUACUGGCGCUCAGCUGAAUGUCCACCGGAACUCGCGUUAUGUGGUAGUGUGGACGCGGAUCUCGGGAUUUCUCCCACGCACGGAAUCUGGCCACAAGAUCAGAAUCAAAGUCUGAAAAGUGCUGUCGUAUCCUACUAUCGGAGGAACUUCUGCUGAAUAUGAAAGGGGCAACGAUAAAGCGAACGUUCACGUGUUUCGAAACGAUCGGCAAGCCACUGCAAACCAAUUUGGAUUUUUGAAUCGGUUGAAAAUGCUCCGAGCUGGGUUGAAUAGCGCGAAAACUUCCGUUCUAAUUUCCGCGUUCCAAGAUUGCAAACCUAUUUCAAUUUGAUACAACAUUUUACGGUCGGAGCGGUUGAAUCGAUUUAAAGUAGCACGUAAUUUUACGAUUUAACAGUCGUCUCGUUCUACGUGAACUGACAGCGAUAAAAAGAGUGUGCUGCUAUAUUUAAUGCUAAUUCGUAUUCGGGCAAGCUUUAGUUGAUUAAAGUAACUGAAACCUCGAAUAGCUCGGUGUCAAUUGUAUUCUGUUUGUAAAGAAUCAUUAAUUGAUCGGUGAGAAUAAUAAUUGUAUUAUUUAAUGUAUGCAAAUUAAUUGAAACUGAAUUAGCGAUUAUUAGAAUUUUCGUAAAGAGUACUGUCGUAUCUGCUGUUUCGAAAGAUUCUAAACGAUGGAGCAUUCCGAAUCGAAAUUCCUAGUCACAAAGGGAAAGUUUAUCGGUGGUUAUUGUUAUCGAUCGAUUAAUUAUUGAGCUCUUACGUUCGAGUUGUCGUCCCAGUGUCGGAAGAGCACGGCAAACUCAUUUAUCAGCGAUUCAGGGACACAUUUCAAAUUGAUCGGACGCAUUGCGCGUGCACUUUCGUUAUGCUAGAGUGAGUCUUGGCCAGACGCGUGUGACUCACAGGCAUAGACCAGCGUUAAUCUUCGUUCACAAGCUGCGUGCUUGCUGCACGCGCGAUCUUGCGUCACCGUGAUCAUUUUACGAGUGAAAAUGCGAGACUCGAGGUGUGCGUUAUCGAAGGGUGCGUAUUCGUUCUAGCGGAGAAAAAUCGCAGAGCAUCCAUUCGCGUUCCAAUGUUGUAAAUAAAUUAUACAGCUCUGUCUCUGGCGUUUUCUUUAGUGUUUUAACUAAAGCGGAACCGGAUAAACAGUUCCACCUUCAUUCGAUAAACAUGCAUUCGUUCGUGGACCUCAUUUCUGUUUCUAGCUAGUAGACGUAAACGUAAGAUCCGUCGUAGAUAAGUAUGUAUUCUUCUUUCAAGUGCAGAAUCUCUCGGUGCGUUUCAUCAAUUUCACAAAGACUGUCAACCUCUCCUUUUAAUUUUUAUCGGCUCGACGUGGCAUUGUUCAUUUUAUUCAUGUAAAUUAAACUUAUAUGUACUCACGGACUCUUCCACUUGUGUUCAGCUUAAUGCGCAAGCGAUUAUCGCACGAAUAUACCCUGAAAUUUUUUGAAAAUUCUUCAUUCUUCGAGAAAGUCUAAAACACGAUCAGAUCUUCGAUGAAAGACACGACAGAGGCUCGUAUUACGUUUCAGAACAGGAAAAACUGAUACGACUUCCUCGUUAGAGAGCUCGGUUUAUUGUUGUUACAGUUGUUGUUGGUUGUUUUAAGCGUUGCAAGUAACGAGUAAAAGCAUCUUCGAAGAUUGUGUCUCACACUGUUCUCUCCACUACAAGAGACACGAUUGAAUAUCGAAAUAAAGUUAUUUUUCCAUAAACCACGAUAAUACGAAAACCUACGAUCUUUACCUACGAAUUCUAAGUAACACAUCGUCACUGGAGGUAAGUAAAUUAUAUUUCACAUACAUAAACAUCCAUUGAAAAAUUAAGUACUUUUGAAAGUAACGAUCAUUAUAUUUUCUGCAGAGAAUACAAGUAUGCAUAAAUACCAAUUACUUGAUUACAAGUCGUUACAGUACAAAACUUCUCAGUUACAAAUACACUUAACGUAUACACUUCUAUCCACUACGUCAUAAAAAAUUCUAAUCGAUACGCUUUUUCAUCAUAGCGAUCAAAUUUCCAAUACCACUGUGAAUGUCUGCGUAAGUGGCACAUUUGUACAUCCAAGCCGGAGUACUGAAGACAUUAUGCUUUUUAUCUCUAGUGACGCCUUUUACGUCUUUCAUUUCCACUUUGGCACCCAUAUUUUUAGCUUGUUCAAUAGCAUUCGCGUGUGGCCACUCUUCUGGUGGUGCUAGAUAUAUAAUUGUUUAUUAACGCUGUGAGCAAUUAUAACAUUCGAACAACAUUAUCCGAAGAAUUUGUUGUAAAGAUUUUUAUAUAAAUUCUAUACACGUUACUUUAAUAUUUUUUAUAGAACAUAAACAAUUUACUUACUGGUUAAUUAAUAGAGACAGAUACAUAUAUAUUUAAAUAUAAAUCAUUUCUUAACCACUGCAAUCUACUAUAAUAUUUUUACAUUUUAUUAAAUCUCUAGAUAGUUUACAAUGACUUUAUGUCGUCGCAUAAGUUCGUACCGUUUAUUUUUCUACUAUAUAUAAAAUCAUAUUUCAUUAAAUAUAAAAUUCUUAUAAUUUUACGACCUAUCUCUUUCAAACACCUUCUACCAAGCUGAAGCAUAAAGGUUUAGUCACCCAAGUCUUCGUAUGACGCUGUGAUUACAAAACGUAACACGAGAAGUAUAAUUUAGUAUAAACAUACCAUGACACAAACUUAUGAGACAACCUAAUAAUAAACCUCUCUAUUAGCUGUAGCAGGCAUAAAAAUGAAAAUAUUUCAUACACGUUUCAUGAAAUACAUUACAAAAUAUAAAUAAUAGAUAAAAAUUUGUAUGAAGUUAAGUAGUUUAAAUGGGGUCUACUAUUUGGUUAAGAAAUUCUACGAUUACUUUAAGUAAAAGCACAUUCUAACAGACAUAGUUGUAACAUUUUAUAUAACAUGCUGUAUAUUUAUAGAUAUAGAACAGUGGAUAAAAUAUUUUCUGGCAACUCACAUUCUUUCCCAAGUGUAAUUUUAACGCCUUGUAGCACUCUUGCUACAAGAACACUUGAAAUACAAAUUGCUCCAAUUGGUUUCUUAUCACAAGAGAAAUCUUCGAUAACUUUCUCUAUCUCAGGAUGUACUGUGCAAUCGGCACCUUUUGUAGCAAAAUUGCUCCUUCAGAAAAUACACAGAACAUAAAAAUACAUAUGUUAUUAUCGCGUAGAAGCGAAACGUACUCGUUUAUUUUUCACGAUUGAGAAAUAUAUUAGAAGAAAAGAUAAUUUAAUUGCAACAGCUAAGUGUUAAGUAAGAGGUCUUUUUCAAAGUUAUAUUUUAUGCAACUUUAAGUGCACUAAUAUUUUUUUAAAUAGGCCUAUACAUUUUUUACAUGGCGUACUAAUUAAGGUCCUAAUUUUAUGUAAUUAUUCUUGUAGAAUAAUCUCUACAGUAGACCUCUAAUACAAUGAAAUAUUUAUAAUUAGGUGAAAACAAAAUUUCAAUUAUGUUAUUCGCGUAAUUCAAUGACAUUCUGUAAUUCACAUAGAUAUAUUAACGUCCAUAGGCAUGAUUUUGAUCAUUUCUUAGUACAUGUUGUUCAGUAUGUCAUUUUUCAUUCAUAGUUGUUCGAUUUUUUAAAUUUGUAUAUUCUCGCACAUUUAUAGGUUUUUUCCGUACCAGCACUGUCUCUAUUUACUACCUUAUUAUAUGUUACCACAAGUCAUCAUUAGACUCCAGAUUUUUGCCCACUUACGGAGAACUUGAAAGUUGCACAAAAUAUUAAUAAUAUAAACAAAUAUAGAAAAUAUAUAAAUAUCUAAUGUGCCUUUUAUAUUUUCUUAAGAAAAGCUAUUAUAUUUUCUAUUGUAAUUAUAUUUUUUUAAUUAUAUUCUCGAAAAUCUUAUUUUACGUGCAUUUUCAAAGUCUGAUUAUUAGAUUACCUUUGACUUGGCAAUAGAAACAUGCUGUUCCUGCCAACAAAAUCUAUAACCUCGAAAUCUUAAAAAAUAUAUAGUUAACACCUCGCGUUUCUGUCUUGGUCAUAUUGAAACACGUGUAAAUCACAAGUGAAAACAAUCAAUUUAUAUCUAAAUUGUUUGUGUGCUAACAUAUGAUGUGAAGAGAAUUGAAUAUUCGUAUAGCAACGUAUUUAUAUAGGAGAUUCUAUCAUAAUAAAAGGAACUAUAAAAUAAACAUAAAAUCGAAUUUAAUACAGAAUUUUCUAACGCUCUUUUUCGUUGAAUUU